GGGGAAUAGGAGUCCCCCCUUUUCUCUAUCCAUCCCGGCGUCCCGACAGCUUCGCCUCGCCCGCCGUGGCCGCCCCGAGCUUUUCCGGUCCCCGUUCAGGUCCCCAGUAAAAGCUUCCGCAUGCGGCAUCUCCUCCUCCCAGCACCUCGCCAGCGCCAAGCAGCUCUUCCCGCCGCCCAAGCCCUGAGCCCCAGCGCAAGCUCCGGCCCCCAGAUCCCCGCUCUGCCCAUGGCGGCGCGGACACAGGCGUGGCAGUUCGCGGCCGCCCUGGUCUUCUUCCACGGCUCCGAGUACGUCCUCGCCGCCGCCUUCCACGGCCACAGCAACGUCACCGCCACCUCACUUCUUAUCAGCAAGCAGUAUGUUUUGGCAAUGAGUUUUGCAAUGGUGGAACACCUGACAGAAAGCCUUUUCUUCCCAGAAAUAAAAGGGUAUCUGUUUGUCAGUAAUAUUGGCCUUCUGAUGGUGCUUGUUGGUGAAAUUAUUCGUAAAAUUGCUGUUGUAACGGCUGGGCGUGCCUUUACACAUGUUAUACGGAUUCAGUAUGAAGACCAGCAUCAGUUGGUAACUCAUGGAAUUUAUAGAUUUAUGCGGCAUCCUGGGUAUUCAGGCUUUCUUCUAUGGGCAGUUGGAACGCAGGUUAUGCUGUGCAAUCCAGUAUCUACAGUUGUAUUUGCAUUGGUGUUGUGGCGUUUCUUUGCAAGGCGGAUACCAUAUGAAGAAUUUUUCUUGAGGCAAUUUUUUGGCUCUCAAUAUGAAGAAUAUGCACGGAAAGUGCACUCGGGGUUACCAUUUAUAAACUGAGUGUUUCAAACUUGCAAAGCAACGCUUACCCCCUGCUGUCCUCAUCAUUGAUAUGUCUAAGGAAAGCACUUUACAACAUGGACUCGAGAGAUGCCAAACGAGCAAGCUAUGUCAUGGAUUUUACACAAUACAAUACAAAUCUGGAAUUUGAUGAAGCUGAAGAGUCAUUCCUCAGCUCGUCAAUCUGGCGCGAAUGCUAAGAACUGUUGCUGAUGCAAAUGGGUUCGCUUACAGCUAGUUUUGUGGAAGCUCUGCCAUUCAUUAGAUUCGAACCGAAUAGUUUCCGCUCUUUCUGGAGAACGUCGAACAUUUCCAGUAGGUUCGCUGUGUGAAAGCCUUUGUAGUACAACUGUAUCAAGUGUGCCUGAACAUAUAUGCUCCACCAUGCUUUGCUCCUGGGCUUGCAGAAGAAAAGAAACUCCCAGUUUGUUCCA